AUGGCAGACAUGGCAGUGUCCUUUGCACGUGACAAACUUCUUCCACUAAUAAAGGAUGAAGCAUAUCUGCUAUGGAACGUUCCCAAAGAAUUUGCAGAUAUAAAAAAUGAAUUAGAAUACAUUCAAGCCUUCCUCAAGGAUGCAGAUAGAAGGGCUACAACAGAAGGAGACAACACAAAUGAGGGAAUCAAAACAUGGGUGAAACAGCUGAGGGAAGUAGCUUUUCGCAUAGAAGAUGUAACUGAUGAAUACAUUAUCUAUGUGGAACAACAAUCUCAUGAUCCUGGAUGUGUAGCUUUACUCUGUGAGUUUGUUCACUUCAUUGAAACUUUACUACAACGUCAUCAAGUAGCAUCUGAGAUUCAAGACAUCAAGUCAUCCCUUAGUGGAAUCAAGCAAAAAAGUGUAGAAUAUCACUUCCAAACUCAAACUUCUUUUGAGCAAGGAUCAAGCAGCUCUGGAGGAAGCCAAGGUGCCCAAUGGCUUGACCAUCGAAUGAAUUCUCGAUACCGUGAUGAAGCUGAAGUGGUAGGCUUUGAAGCUCCAAAAGAUGAAUUGAUUGGCUGGUUGCUAAAGGGACCAGAAGAACGCAUUAUCAUUUCUGUUGUUGGAAUGGGAGGACAAGGAAAAACCACUCUUGCUAGUAGAGUUUUUAACAACCAAAUGGUGAUUAAGCAUUUUGAUUACCGUGCGUGGAUCACAGUGUCUCAGUCCUACAAUGUGGAGGGGUUGUUGAGGGACAUGUUCAAGAAGUUUUGCAAAGAUAAAAGGGAAAAUCCUCCAACGGGUAUCUCUGAAAUGGAUCGAGAUUCGUUGAUUGAAGAAAUGAGAAACUACUUGCAAAAAAAGAGGUAUUUUGUUGUUUUAGAUGAUGUAUGGGGUGUGCAACUUUGGGGUCAGAUAGCAAAUGCUCUUUUUGAUAAUAAAAGUAGAAGUAGAAUAUUAAUCACAACUAGGAAGAUGGAUGUUGUAAAUUCUUGUAAGUGUUCUCCUUUUGAUCAUGUACAUGAGCUAAAACCUUUAACUCAAGAAAAAUCUUUAGAACUCUUCUGGAAGAAAGCAUUCCAAUUUGAUAGCAAUGUUAAAAGUUGUCCACAUGAACUCAUGCAUAUAUCUUCUGAAAUUGUUAAAAAAUGUAAAGGUUUACCAUUAGCAAUUGUGGCAAUUGGUGGUCUUUUAUCUCUCAGAAAAAUAAACCUAUUUGAAUGGGAACGGUUUUGUCAUAAUCUAAGUUCAGAGCUGGAGAGAGAUUCCCAUUUGAUUGGUAUAACAAAAAUUUUAGGUUUCAGUUAUGAUGACUUGCCUUACUAUCUUAAAUCGUGCUUAUUGUAUUUUGGAAUAUAUCCUGAAGAUUUUGAAGUUAGAUCAAAAAGACUAACUCGACAGUGGAUAGCUGAAGGGUUUGUAAAAUCUGAAAAGGGAAAAACUUUGGAAGAAGUUGCAGAGCAAUAUUUAACAGAGUUGGUCAAUAGAAGUUUGGUGCAAGUAUCUUCAUCUACAAUUGAUGGCAAAAUUAGAGGUUGUCGUGUUCAUGAUCUGUUACGUGACAUGAUCCUUAAGAAAUUUAAGGAAUUGAAUUUUUGCCAACAUAUUAGUGAAGAUGAUGAACAAGUCUCAAGUGGAAUAAUUCAGCGCCUAAGCUUAUCAACAGCAACCAACACCAAUAAUUUGAUGGAAAGUAUUGAAAGCUCACACGUUCGUUCACUAUUCUUUUUCACAGAUGAAGAAAUAACUGAACAAUUUGAGAAGAGCAUUGUCACAAAUUACAAGAGGUUGAAGGUACUUGAUUUUGAAGAUGCUCAUCAAUUGUCUCAUUUUCUUGGAAAUUUGGAAAAUUUAAUCCAUUUGAAGUAUUUAAGCUUUAGGAAAACAGAAGUAGAGUGGGGUGUUCUUCCAGAAUCCAUUGGUAAGCUACAAAAUCUAGAGACCUUGAAUAUAAGGCAUACAAGAAUCAAAAUUAUCCCAAAGGAGAUUAGUAACCUUAAGAACCUAAGACACCUUUUGGGCAACAAAAUGUCUUUGAUUCAAUUGAAGGGUGUUCUUGGAGGCAUGACAUCCCUACAAACACUACGUGAAGUGGAAAUAGGUGAUGAUGGAGUGGAGCUAAUUGUUGAGCUAGGAAAGCUAAGGCAACUAAGGAACUUAAACUUGGCUGGUAUUAAAGAAGAACAUGGUAGUGCUCUAUGCUCAUCAUUGAAUGAGAUGCAACACUUGGAGAAACUAGUUAUUGUUGCACAAACUACAAAUGAAGUCAUUGAUGUGAGUUUCAUUUCAUCACCCCCUAAGCUUCAGAAGCUUUACUUGAUAUUGAAGUUAAAUAAGGUGGUGCCACAGUGGGUUCUACAACUUCAUAAUCUUGUUGAUUUGUUCUUGGGAUGGUCCUAUUUAACUGAUGAUCCAUUAGAAUCACUCCAAAAUAUGCCAAAUUUGAUGUACCUCAAACUCAACUAUUGGGCUUAUGAAGGUGAAAGUUUGAAUUUUCAAAAUGGGGGGUUUAAAAAAUUAAAGGAACUAUACUGUGGAGAACUGUCUAACUUGAAUUCAAUUGUCAUUGACAAAGGAGCACUAAAUUCGUUGAAAACGCUUAAAUUCUGUUCCCUCCGUAAACUCAAGAAGGUUCCUUCAGGCAUUGACCACUUAGAAAAACUUGAAGUUAUCUAUAUAUGGAGAAUGUCAGCAGAAUUUCAGCAGAGCAUUGCUCCAUAUGAAAGACAAGAGCAAUGGAUCAUCAAGCAUGCUUUCUCCUUUUAA